UGACUAAAGGAUGCCAGACAAAAUGUUCUCUUUUUAAGUAGUUUUUAAUUAAAUGAUUUAAACAUAUAAUUAUAUAUAGUAAGUCAUAGUGAUAUAAAUUUUAUGAAAACUGUUUAAUACUCUGUUAAUUAAUCCGUGAAAAUUCGUGAUUAAUAUACCUUAACCGUGCUCAAUAUACAUAUGAAAAAUAAACUUUUUACAAACGGCAGUUAUUUUGUUUUCCAGUACAAGCUUCCAAUAUAAGUACUUCUAGAAUUGAAAAUGAACUCGAAAAAAUCUCCGUCUCAAGAAAUGCAAUGGGUUACUCCAAAUAAAAAUGAUAUUAUGCAUAAUAUUGUUUCGAUGAGAAGUCCUGUUUCAUUUACAACUCCAGUGAAACAAGCAGAUAAGAGAUUUAAAUCUUAUAAAAAUAGUUCUGCAUGUUUUACCCUUUUGCCUAAUCACAUUACUCCACCUUCUGGAUUAACGAAAUUUGUAGCAAGAAAUCCUUUUGAAUCGGAAUUAACCAACAGGUUACAUUUGUCUGUAAUUAGUCCAACUGUCUUUACGAAGGUCUCUGAUACUUCGCCAGAAUCCAAUGGAUUUAGUUGGAAUAUAGAUGAAUUGGCUAAUAUACAGCCGGCAAAAAUCGAAGAAUUUCCAAUUCAGCAGCCACAUUGCACUGAUCCAGAAAUUGAGAGGGAAGCUCAGGAUGCAAUUGAUAGAUUCUUCAGAGGGAAUCAAAUUAUUCCCAGUCCUUGGGAUAAUGGUGAGAAAAACAAUUUUAGGAAAACUGAUAUGCAAACACCACUUAGAGGUUACAGUGAUACUGCCAAGGAGUCACAGAGUUUGAAAAAAGACUCUUGGUCGCAGACAACUUUAUCUCUUCCGCCAAAUUUACCUCCACAUGUCGAAGAAAUUUUGAAACCUUAUUUCACAUUUACUCAGGAACAAAAUGUGGAGAGUGAUGAGGCAAAUUCAAGUGGUAAUAGUUCUUUAAGAAGAAAACUAUUUGCUCACGACGAUACUCAUGAGGAUGACACGGAAUCUUCAUUUUUAUUGUCACCGAUACAUUCGCGAAGUAUGAUUCAUUGCAGUCCUAUGCAAAGUGGAAUGCUUAAUCAUGGAACACCAUUGAGAGGUAAUUCGGGAAAUUUACGAAGGAAUCAUGGAACUCCUUUAGCUUUUGAUAACAUGUCACCUGUAAAUAUGUCACCAAUUAGCGAAGCUGCUGAUGAAAUGUCAUACGACAGUGUCAAAUCUCGUGUACGAACUGCAGCCCGAUUGGAUUUUACAACCGACAUGAGUAUCGAUAUGUCUGUCAGGGAAGUUGAUAAACUCGAGGAAAGUCAAAAAGAACCUACAGAUAAUGUUAAAAAUAAACCAGUGGAAAUAGAAAAACAUAUUUUCAACGAAGAAAAUCAAACAAUUGACAUGACAAUGCAUUUGGAGAAUUCAUAUCAAUCAAAAAUCAAGGAAAAAGAGAAUUUUCCCCCAAAUUAUGAAUGUGAUUCUUUAUUGAAAAGACCAAAAUUCAUCAACGAUUGGAGUAAAACUAUUUCCAGUGAUAAUAAUUGUACAUAUCAACAAAAUUUCACUCUAUCAGUAACAUCGAAUCAAAAUAGUGUUUUUAAUUCCGCUCAAGAUACAGGUUAUCAUACUUGUAGUAUAAAUAAUACGACCAAUAACACCGAGAGUUACACCACAUCAUCGAUUAUUCACGAAAGAUUUCACUGGGAUGAAAAAUUAUUACCAUCUGAAGAUGGACUUAUCGAAUGGAAGGAAAAUAUGAAAUACAUGUGUAGUUCAACACCGUCGAAAUUUCUACGUGAAUGAAAUAUUCAAGGACAGUGAGUUAAUUUUUUUUGUUUUUACAAAAAAAAAUAUUACAAUUAAUUAAA